AUGGAUCCGCAUAAUGUUUCGAGUGGCGAGAACGAAGAAAACGCUAAAAGAGCAAAAGCUGGGAAGGAAAAAGUGAGUACAAGAAAAAGGAAGCUUAAAGGGUUUUGUUGGAGCCAUAUGACAGAAUUCUAUGAUGAGGAUGGUAGAAGAAAAGGUAGAUGCAACUACUGUUCCGCGGAGUUGUGUGCGGAUUCUGGACCGAACGGAACCUCAUCCUUAAAUAAGCAUGUUAGAAACUGUAAAGAAAAUCCGGAAAAUCAGGCAAAAGAUCAACCUAACUUGGUGGUUAAAAAAACUGAAGAUGGCCAAGGUACGUUAAAAACUUGGAAGUUCGAUCCACUAAGGUUAGAAAGUUACUGA